AGUUAAACGAAAUAUUAAAUCGGAUUUCAAGUCAAUCGAAUGAAAUUUUAGAAAUAAACAAGAAACCAAAACCAGUCAAGCAGUCCUGGACAGUUAAAGCCGCGCUUGGAUAUAUCGACAUAUUGGAUUACUUGAGGGAUGCUGAUACAACUGAAGUUAAACUGUUUAAAUCACAGCAAUUGGAUACUUCUGUCAAAUCUAAGAACGAUUGAAGCACCGACGCCAUUACGCGUUAGACCUCAAACAGGAAAGGAAUACGAUAUUGAAGUUUUACUUAAUGCAGCUUCAAAGUUGAUAGAUGAAUAUCGUCCACUACCACGCACAAAGCAGCAUAUCCGAAACCUUAGAAAACAAUUCCAAGAAGUAGAAGAGCGUAUGCAAAACUAUCAAAAUAUCAUUGAUUCACCACUUGAUAGCAAAAUGGAAGACCUUCCUGAGCGUCAGCAGUUACAGAAUGAUAGCGCUUCCCCGCAGGAACUAAUACGAGUACAGACAGAAGAGGUUAAGAAGAUGCAAGCCAAAGUGAUUGCACUGAAGAAACGCAAAGAAGUAUUGAGUGCAACCGUAAAGGCUCAAAAACUGGAAGCCCAGGUAAAAUCUACAUCUAGGCAAGCACCCCCAACACCAAUUCAACUUCCUUUGCGACAAAUGAAAGAAAUACAAAAGAGAGCAAACACACCACGCAAACCGAAGUUGGCUACCGAUCAACGUGAAGCAGAGAUAAUGAAAGGCUUACCGCAAGAUGAUGAAGAUGAUUCAUUUAAACUUGGUAAUGAAAACACUUUGAAUCAAUCAACAUUAUUGGGUAAUACAUCAGAUGAAAUGAAUCUAAUGCCGUCCACACCUACUUUACCUAGCGGCGGUGGAAGUGAUAUGUUUAUGAACAUGGAUACACCACAGCCCCAGUCACAUGCACCACCUAAACAGCCCCAAUUUGAAUUUGAAGAUGAACCUGAGAGUAUUGAUUUGACAAUGCGUAAACCAACUCCACCAAGCUCACCUGAAUUUGAUCCACCACCUAAAUUCAAGGAUAUUGAGAAAGCUGCCUCGACUACGCCGAUGGCUACACCUAAAGAGAAGACACCAAUUCCUGAAGCACCAUCGGCAAUACCAGAACGAGAUACUACUCCUAUGAUUGAAACAACUCCAGAAAUUGAAGCAGCUAUAAAAUUGAUAUGGAACGGCUUCGGUGAUGUGGUUAAACCAAAAGAUGCGACAUCAGAAAGUAUGGACACGCCUCAUGUUGAUAGAAUGGUUCAGCUAUUGAGAGAUGCUAUCGAAAUUGUUCCCGCAGCCUCACAACAGAACGAACCUGGAUCACCAACUCACUCAAUCUUGAGUAUAGCAUCAUCACUUACGAACGCUAAGGAAUUAAACAACCCUCAAACAGCCACAAGUGCAGCGUUACUACUGAAGUUGUUGACAACCUCUGAGAACAGACUGUCUAUGCAAGAAGCCAAAGAUCAUCUUGGAUUACUCAUCCAGUCGAAAGGAUGGCCAAGCGAAUUACCAACUAAGUCCAUCUACGCGUUAGUCGGUAAACGUCUCAUCAAGCUGGAUAGGAAGGGUGCAUCUGCCACACUCAGAUUCAACAUCUAACAUAUCCUCUUCCAUAAUGUACAAAUAAUUCUGGAUUUCCUCCUAUCUCUCAUUUAAUCUAUUGUAUUAAAAAGCAUCAAAAGAAGACAGUAUGCAUAGAUAUUUACUUUCUCCCCUCUGGUAUCAUACGUAUCAUACCUUAUUUGAGAUCUUUGAGGUCGACGUCGUAAGUGCGGAUAUUGCCGUCGGCUCCUGCCACAGCUAUCGAUUUAGCAUCUGAUGUCCAUACUCCACCGAUGAGACCGCCUGCUGCUACGUUCUAAUUGAAAUAUUGCGUGAAGGCUUCUCGAUUGAGUAGAAGU